CCCUAAAAAAUAAUAAAAUAAAUACAAGAGCUACCAAACUCCCAACCGAAGUUUCUCCGGGGUGAGGGAAAGCUAGGGUUUGAUCUUUGGAAGGGAGGGAUUCAGGGAGGAGUCCAGGAAGGAGAAAAUGAUCGAGGUGGUGCUGAACGACCGGCUGGGGAAGAAGGUGCGGGUGAAGUGCAACGAGGACGACACCAUCGGCGACCUCAAGAAGCUGGUGGCGGCGCAGACGGGGACCAGGCCCGAGAAGAUCCGCAUCCAGAAGUGGUACAACAUCUACAAGGACCACAUCACCCUCAAGGACUACGAGAUCCACGACGGCAUGGGACUCGAGCUCUACUACAACUAGAUGAUCUCUGCCUCUACUCGCCCCUGAUUGCUUGCUGGUUGAUCUGAAUAAUCUGGUCAUGGGUACGAUCUCAUUGGUGCUAUUCCAGUCGCAGUGUAUUAAGCUCAUAUAUAAGCAACUCUAUUGAGCUAUGUAGUACUACAUGGUUGUGCCAAACUACCAAUGACUAUUGACAGCUUGCAUAUAUUGCUAUAUGAUCAACCUGCAAA